AUGGCUUUCGUUCAGCAGCCACCUCCACCCCCAUACACCAUGCAACCAGCACAGCUUCCAACGCCAACUCCGGCCCCGGUAGCAAGUCCUUUCAACCAACCUGCACCGCAGAGUGGCUAUCCUCAAGGCCAAUUUCAACAACAGUUCCAGCCUCAGCAAGGUCAAUCACCUCAGGUGCCUCAAGGACAGACACCACAACCCCAAUAUGUGCAAUCGCCACAACCAAUGCAACAGCCCUAUCAAGGACUCCCCAACAUGACCCAACAGCAGAUUCAGCAAGUCCAACAAGUCAUCCAAAGCUAUCCUCCAGAAAAGCUCCAACUAGUCCAGCAGCAGCUCCAACAAAUACCACCACAGUACCACCAGCCGCCACAAGCUCCACUCCUACAAUCCCCUCCUGCCGUCCAACAAACCCCCUCAAAACCCCAAUACACCACCACCGCCCCCUCAGGCCUCUUCGGCUCAAAGUCUAAAUCCCACCCCUCCCCAUCCGGCCCGCCCGACGCCCAAAAGUCAGACUCCGUCAAGCGCUUCUUCGGCGACACCCUCGUCGGCCGCGUCGCCCGCAGCUCCCUCCAAACCGCAACCUCAAUCUCCAAACUCCCCUCUUCCCUCUCCCCAUGGGGCGACAACAACCCGGUAACCCUGCCCAACAUCCGCUACCGCGACGCUGCGCUCUUCACCACCUUCGCCUUCGAUCGGCGCUUUGUCAGCGAGAUAGUGAACUCAGGCGCCGGCGCGAUCGCUGCGAGUACGGUGUUGAAAUACGGCGUCUUUCAAAUCGUGGAACAGGCGAUUGAUAAGGGUGUGCUGGAACACUUGCUCCCCGAGGAAGACGCGAUGCUUGUCACUACGUCGGUGAAGUCGCUGCAGAUCGGUAUCAAACACAAACUCAUGGGCGUCGAUGCGGAUGUACGGUUUGUAGGCGUGUAUCCCGCUGCGGACACAAGUCGCUGUGAAAAAGGCUGGUUUUGCCCAUAUUUAUUCGCAAGUGCGCGCACGCCGAGUAUCCCGCGUGCGAACGACUUUGCGGUCGCGCAGGCUUUUGGGCCGUUCCUCGCGGGGGAUUAUUUGCUUGCGAGGAAACUGCUGGCGGAAACACUUCACGUACUCCCCAUUGUGUGA